UGACACAGCGAGAAACUCCCUACUCGACGACUGGCGCUGCCUUGACAGUUUCGUGUGUGGUCGAGGGCACCGCGGAGGUACCGAUGUCUGGGUCGGUGUACCUGCACUUGUGGCUCUUGGCGGCCAUGUGCACGGCGAUGUGGUGUUCGCCGCGGUCCAAACAGCCUGUUGAUUACGGGAAGGUGAAGCGAGCCUGGCCGGUUCCGUACAGGCGUUUUGACCACCGGCCCAAGACAGAUUCCUUUUGCCAAGCCCUGUACCCGUUCUGCCCCACGGGAUCCCCAGAUGGAAGUAUUCCUCUGAUGAAAGACAGCGACAGGGUUCAGGUGUUUCGUCUGCAAACACCCGUGUGGGAAUUCAAGUACGGAGACCUCCUUGGACAUUUUCACAUCAUGCACGAUGCCAUUGGCUUCAGGAGUUCUCUGACUGGGAGAAACUACACGAUGGAGUGGUAUGAGCUCUUCCAGCUGGGUAACUGCACUUUCCCCCACCUAAGACCAGAGCUGGAAGCCCCCUUCUGGUGUAAUCAGGGGGCAGCAUGCUUCUAUGAAGGAAUCGAUGACCUUCACUGGAUGCAGAAUGGGACCUUGGAACAGGUUGCUGAAAUGACAGGAUCUCAGUUCAAUGAAAUGGCCAGAUGGGUUCGUGAAGACAAUGAGACAGGAAUAUAUUAUGAAACGUGGACGGUUCAGGCCGAGCCCAGCCCUAAUACAACAGUGUGGUUUGAAUCUUAUGACUGUUCUCAGUUUGUGCACCGGACAUACAGGAAAUUAGCAGAUCUGGGCGUCACGUUUAGCAGUAAGCAGCAGACUAACUAUACCAAGAUAUUCCUGUACAGCACAGAACCAGUCUUUCUGGGGAAUGACUCCUCCAUCUUUGGACAAGCAGGAAAGCAGGAGUUGGCUGCAGACAUCCGAAAAUUCUACCACCCAUUUAGACCUCAUCAGUCGGUUAAAGAGUUCCUGAUCAGUCUGCUACAAGUCUUAGACAAGGUUAUCCUGGAACGGAGCUUCUACCUGUAUUACAAUUAUGAAUACUGGCACCUACCAAUGAAGCCACCAUACAUAAAGAUUACAUAUGAAGAAAUUCCUUUACCUCAUACAGGUAAAGCAAUAAUUGAGUAGUAAUCGGGAACAAACUCCUUGCACCUUCUUGAAAGUGCCUUGUCAUUUUUGACCUUCUUCAAAUGCCUAUGCAGUUGUUCAAUCCAGCCACACUAAUUAUUAAUCAUGUCAAUGCCAGAAACACCAAUAAGUGCACAUCCUGGUGAAGUGAACCCCCCACAGACCAGCUGGAGUCAGUGUCGGUGUACUUGAGAAGCGCUGGGUGAAAGCAGCACACAACCCUGGACAGGCACCUAGUCCAUCACAGAGCAAAGAUACACAACCACAGUAGGCUUCCAAAUUGAAUCAUCUGAACUUUUACAUUCUCAAAAGGGGGGUGGACAUUUCUGGCUGACAUUUUACAGCUGAACACUGCACAUUUCCACCACCGUCUGAAACACUGGAGCAAAGACCUUUUUGUAACCUUAAAUUCACUCCCUAAACAUGAUGUACAGUAAUCCCUCCUCGAUCGUGGUGGAUGCAUUCCAGAAUCCCCCACGAAAGGUGAAAAUCCGUGAAGUAAAAACCAUACGUUUAUAUUGUUAUUUUUAUAUUGUCACGCUUGGGUCA